UUUGAGACCACAGUAUUAGCUGUCGAAUUAUGACUCCCAACUGCAUUCUGUUCAGUUUGGGAUUCUCAGAACUUACCAGACGCGCAUUGACGACCGUUGGAAGUGCUGACGUAUGCAUAGUUUAGUUUGUCGUAUGUUUGUCUCCGUUGUCUUCUUAGAUACUUCACGAUGUCUGCUAUGAUCUGAUUGAUCUUUCCCUGUUUUGCAGGUGUGUCAGUUUUAAUUCUGACCAGUAGGUGGGACUUGGUGCACAGAGCACGGUCUUCUCGUUUCCUCCUCUCUCCUUGUCAGUGCUAUCGCUGAUUCUGAGAGCGGCGCUAGAGCAAACCUGGAGCUAAGCGGCUAAUGCAGUCUCAAGAGAAAGACAGACCGGGAGUAUUUCCUUUUCAUCCCCUUUUUCUGUUACGGAGUAUUUUUCCUUUAUGCUUUUAUGGCCACUGAUAUACGCGCAAGCGACGAAAUUCGCAUUAAUGUGACAUACCUUCACACUAAUUAACACACCCGCGCGCGCACACACAAACACAUCACGAGCUACGUACAGACACAGAGGCAACACGGAUACUCAUUUAUAAGCAUAUACUAACGCAGCAAGGACCCCAAAUUAUUUCCUUGUGUGUGCAUCAUGGAUCUAUCGCUCUCUACACCGCGAAUUUGCUGGUGGAGGGUACUGUUUCUCUUAAGCAUCUUUCAGGACUAUCUCAGCUCCAUGUUCGACUGCCCGCCAACCUGCAGCUGUACCCCAACCGAAAUCUACUGCAAUAAGUCCGACAAUGGGAAAUUCUUCCCUCUGCUCGCGCUGCAAGACACCGGGAGCAACGGAAAUAACAGCAACAACAUUCAAGAUCUGUUCAAGAACAUCACGUCCAUACACAUAGAGAACUGGACGGGCCUGCAGACACUGAGGGAUGUGGACAUGGAGCUCUACACCGGACUGCAGAACCUGACCAUCAUGAACUGCAACCUGCGGCAGAUUCACGCCCGAGCCUUCGCCCAGAACCCACACCUGCGCUACAUAAACCUGUCCAAGAACCCGCUGACCCUGCUGUCAUGGCAGCUCUUCCAGAACCUGCAGCUGUCGGAGCUGCGGCUGGACGGCGUGGAGUUUAACUGCGGCUGUGAUGUGCGCUGGGUCCAGCUGUGGCAGCAGAGAGCGCAGGCCGGCCUCCACACCCAGCAGCUCUACUGCCACACCAGCACCUCUCGGAUCCCCCUGCAGGCCAUGGACAUUUCCCACUGUGACCUGCCAGACAUCAGCGUCAGUCAUAAAAACCUGACUUUGAUCGAGGGGGCCAAUGUGGUGGUGACCUGUAACGGGUCAGGAGCGCCCCUCCCGGAGGUGGACUGGACUGUCAGUGGCCUGCACUCCAUCGACAGCCACCAGUCCAACGUCCGGCCCAAUGUCCACUCCAUAAAACUGACCCUGGUCAACGUGAGUCGUGAGGAUAACGGAUUCAUCCUGACCUGCAUCGCUGAGAACGUGGUGGGGAUGAACAACGCCUCCAUCCAUCUGACCGUUCACUACCCUCCCGCCAUCCUGCACCUGGCUGAGCCAGAGCGUCAGCACGACACCUGCAUUGAGUUCACGGUGCGAGGCUCCCCGCAGCCCUCUCUACGCUGGCUCUUCAACGGCAAAGAGCUCCGGCAGAGCCAGUUCGUCCGCACCGAGGUGGAGGACUACCGGGACUACCUGGAGGGCUGCCUGAUCUUCAGAAACCCCACGCACCAGAACAACGGCAACUACACCCUGGUGGCCACCAACUUCCUGGGCACCACCACCAAGACCGUGUACGGCCACUUCCUGUCAGCCCCCUUCUUCUAUGAAGAUUAUGAAUAUGGGACCCCCACGCCCCCUCUCAGUGGCACCCACCAAUCAGAUGAGGAUACGUUUGGGGUGUCCAUCGCGGUGGGACUCGCUGGAUUUGCGUGUGUGCUCCUCAUCGUGCUAUUCGUCCUCAUCAACAAAUAUGGCCGCCGCUCCAAGUUCGGAAUGAAAGGUCCGGUGGCAGUGAUCAGUGGGGAGGAGGACUCGGCCAGCCCGCUGCACCAUGUCAAUCAUGGCAUCCUCACGCCCUGCGGGCUGGACGCUGGGCCUGACGCUGUAGUCAUCGGGAUGACCCGCAUUCCUGUCAUCGAGAACCCUCAGUACUUCAGGCAUGGACACAACUGCAACAAACCCACUACUUAUGUGCAGCAUGUGAAGCGCAGAGACAUUGUGCUGAAGAGGGAGCUGGGUGAGGGGGCCUUCGGGAAGGUGUUCCUGGCAGAGUGCUAUAACCUCAGUCCCACCAAGGACAAGACGCUGGUGGCAGUGAAGACCCUGAAAGACCCCACGCUGGCAGCCCGGAAGGACUUUCAGCGGGAGGCGGAGCUUCUGACCAACCUGCAGCAUGAACACAUCGUGAGGUUCUACGGCGUGUGUGUGGAUGGCGACCCGCUCAUCAUGGUGUUCGAGUACAUGAAACAUGGAGACCUUAACAAGUUCCUCAGAGCCCACGGGCCUGACGCUAUGGUCCUGGUGGACGGGCAGCCCCUGCAGUCGAGUGGCGAGUUGGGCCUGUCACAGAUGCUCCACAUCGCCACGCAGAUCGCCUCUGGGAUGCUGUACCUGGCCUCCCAGCACUUUGUGCACCGCGACCUGGCCACACGCAACUGCCUGGUGGGAAACGGGCUGCUGGUGAAGAUCGGAGACUUCGGCAUGUCCAGAGACAUCUACAGUGCUGACUACUACCGGGUGGGAGGACAGACGAUGCUGCCCAUUCGUUGGAUGACUCCGGAGAGCAUCAUGUACAGGAAGUUCAGCACUGAGAGUGACGUGUGGAGCUUCGGGGUCAUUCUGUGGGAGAUCUUCACCUAUGGGAAGCAGCCAUGGCACCAGCUGUCCAAUACCGAGGUGAUCGAGUGCAUCAUGCAGGGUCAGGUGCUGGACAGGCCGCGCAUCUGUCCUAAGGAGGUGUAUGACAUCAUGCUGGGCUGCUGGCAGAGGGAACCGCAGCAGCGCCUCAACAUCAAGGACAUCCAGAAGAUCCUGUACGCCAUGGGCAAGGCCACGCCCGCUUACCUGGAUAUCCUGGGCUAGCCCCGUCCGGACACGCCCUCCACCAGGCAGACAGACCGCGCAACCCAGGAAUAACCAAACGAUGUGUACCUUACUGCUCUGAUUGCUCCCCAUGCGUGGAGUCAAGUGCCUGUCUCACCUUUCCACACACAGGACGGCAGUCUUAAAGAAAAAGAAACAA